UCAUGAAGACUUCACAAACCUGGAUUCUUCACCUGAAUCUCUGCAUCGUUCUUACUUCACUGACUCACGCAGAUUCUGAUUCCAGUGUUCAAACGAUUCAGCAUCAUGUCUUCAGAACGGUCUAUGAAGGAGACACAGUGACACUUCACUGCAACACAACUCUUCGUGAUGAUGAAAUCACGUGGAAAAUGAACAACAGUGUUAUUUUUACUGAAGACUCGUUUCAUAACAGAAAUAUGACAAACUUCACUUCAGAUAGGAUGUGUAUCAGUCCAGCAGCUCCAACUGAACUGAACAUAAAUCAAAUCCAAACAUCUGAUGCUGGAAACUAUUCCUGUCAUAAUACUAAAACAACAAUGAGAUGGAUAUUAACAGUCACAGAAAACACACCAGAGGAGUCACUCGAGCAAGCAUUACUCUACAUCCUCAUCUCAGGCGCUGGAGUUAUUAUGGUCUGUCUGAUGAUCGGCUUCAUCAUCUGCAUUCACAGGAGAAGGUCAACAAACAGCAGAGAUGCAGGUGACAGAAGACGAGCCAGCAGAAUAAUGAGUGACAACAGGAUCUAUGAGAGCACAGCAGCCGUUGAAAGUCACGAUCAAUGUAGCCACGCCAUAUAUGAAAAUGAACAGAAUAUUAGUGAAUUAGUGCUUCAAAUGUAACUUGUGCAUGAAAACUUGCAGUCCUAACAGAAACAUUAGCUAGAUUCUGUAAUGUGUGAUUCUGACUUCAUCAUAUGACAAAAAUCCCAUGGCUCAAUUAAAAUCUGUAACACAUCUCCAUUUAUUUCAUCUUUUUUAGACACUUAACUAAUCCACAACAAACACACAAUGUCUAGAUAAGAAAUGUAAAAAGGGAAAAUCAUUCUAGUAAUAGUCCUGUGGUUUUUGUGCUGCAGAGUGUGUAAGAGUCCUGUAAAAUGAGGCUUUUCUGUGAUGGGAGAAUCUGUUGGAAUGACAGCUAGACAUAUACAGUAUAUAUAAAAUCAUAAAAACUGGAAAAAUAUCAAAUAUAGAAUAGAAAGAAAGAAAAAAAACUAAACAAAAAUAAUAGAAUUGCCCUAAUUUACAGACAUUGGAGUUGUUUAAUAACCAGCUGUUGCCUAAAUAAAAUGUAGAUAAGUUAUUGUUUUUAUACAGUAUAUGUAUUUUAGAAUUCACCUUUUUACAACCUGCUUCAGUCUACCCAACCCUAGCAUAUGUUUAUUUAAUCGUUUGACCAUUCAUUGCUUUAUUCGUUCAGAACAGAACCUUGCGUUAAGUAUUUGUGAGUGAUUUUACCACAAAUAAUCCGAUUUUCUGAUUUGAUCACUUAUCUGACACUCUAUGCCAAACAGUCCUACAAACGGAGGGAUUAUUGAAAUACAUAUACUGUAUAAUUUUCGAUAAAAACCUUUGGGUCUUGUUCAAAAAACAUAAUGAUCACCAUAUUGUUGGGUUUGAACUGACAACUAUUCAGUAAGAAGCCUACAAAACAAACCAUAGCAAUGCUAAUGUUCUGAGCGACUGUUCUCUGGCACAUUAUGCUUUGAUUUCACAUAUUAACACUCAAUGCAUUUCCAAACAAAUUAUUAUUUGAUUUUAACUCCAUCAAAUGAACAUCAAACUGUGUAGAAAAAUAUCACGAGCCCGCCUGUGAUUAAUAUGAGACAAAAAAUUAAACCAUUAACCACA